AUGGAAUUCUGGAGGUGUCAGUUUAAGAAAUCGUGUAAGGUCCGUCUGCACAGGCUCAUCGCAAAUGGUGAAGUCGCUAAGGUAUCAGGAUCUCAUAGUGAUCCUUCGGAUGCGGCAGGAGUGGAAAUCGCAGGCAGGAGGACGGCGAUGAAGCGUCGUGCGGAAGAAACGCAAGAGACGCCCGGACAGGUCAUCAACAGCGUUCAAAGUGGAGCGCCUCUGGCUGUUCAGAUGGAGUUCCCUUCGAAUCGCGUUUUAGCUAAAGUAGUCAAUCGUGUUCGCAAGGCCUGUGCGAGCGCCCCCGCGCUGCCCACCCAUCGAAGUCUCAUAAUCAUUCCAGAGGAUUAUGCAGUCUACGAGCCCACACCAGGAACGUCAGAGCGUUUCCUGAUCGGGGAUUCUGGUCUCGGAGACGACGAAAGAAUCCUGAUAUUCGGCCGCGAGUCGGUUGCUAGCUGGAUCGGACUGGUCGACAAAAUCUACGUCGACGGUACAUUCAGUCUGGCUCCCAAGCUCUUCCAGCAGGUGUUCGCAGUCCUGGCAGAGCGCUCGGGAUUCGUCGUUCCUGUGUGCUACGCUCUCCUUCCAAACAAGAGCCAGGCUACGUACACCAGAAUGGUCGAACUCCUGCAUCAAGAGUGGCCUCAGUUUAAUCCGAUGCAAAUCUCGGUCGAUUUCGAACUGGCUCUCGUCAACGGGUUCCGGAGUGUCUUCCCGAAUGCUGAAAUCAACGGGUGCCUCUUUCAUCUAGUCAAAAACAUGAAAGCGAAGCUCGGAGAUAUUGGUCUCAUUCAACGGUACAACCGAGAUCCGGAUUUCUCGUUGUCGGCUCGGAUGAUCCCAGCUCUCGCUUUUGUUCCGCCGGCACACAUCAAUACCGCGAUGAGCGAACUAGCGCCAGAAUUGCCAGAAGAACUGAUGCCCGUGUUGAACUAUUUCGAAGAUAACUACAUCGGCCGUUUGAGAUUAGCUCCCGGCGCAGAAAUCGUCCGCGCCCCUGCUCGCUUCCCCAUCGCAAUGUGGUCCGUCUACCAACGAACAGUGGACGGUGAAGCUCGGACGAACAAUUUCGCCGAAGCAGCCCAUAGACGUUUGCAGGGCGAGUUUGGGGUGGAUCAUCCUAGUCUUUGGAAGUUCAUAGACGGUAUCCGGAAAGUCCAACAGAGUCGAGAUGUAACUUAUGCUAGAUACGUCGCAGGUCACAAUCCAGAACCGAAGCGAAAACUCAGGAUUCGCUCUCGGAAGCCUACGGGGAAGUAUUUCCGGCGUUUCCGUCUAGUCGUAAUCCAGAUUGUCGUUCCACUGGAACCGAGCGAUUGGGACGAGAAUUGGUGA